GUUCGAAAAAUUUCCACCACAGCAAAACUCCAUCAUGAAAAAAGCAAACAGGUCCAUUCCGAUCUCUCUAACGACCAAACGUCAACCAACAAGAGUAUCGGAUAAGAAACAGGUGCCAAAGCGAAAACUCCCUCAACCUGUGGGUCACAUUAAGCCAGCUGCACCACCGCAAGAGGAUGUCGAACACAAUGACUCGCCAGACAAGUCCUUGGUGCGUUACAUCAAUGAUGUGAUGAUCAAGAAGCAAUCGGGCAAAGAUGUUUUCAGGGAUGUUACUACACUAAAUCUGACUCUCACAACUAAAGAUGAUGGCAAGAAGAUCAGAUACAUUGAGAAUCUCGAGGGAUUAAUCAACCUCCAAGUCCUGAAGAUAAGCCACAAUCAGAUCAGCAAGUUAGAAAGACUCCAACAUCUGACGAGACUGAGAGAGCUGGACAUCAGCUGUAAUAGAAUCGCUAAGAUUGAAGGUCUCGAGACGUUGAUCCAUCUCCAGAGUUUGAAUCUCUCCCAUAACCUCAUCGAAACCAUCCCGGCGUGGCUGGCAAAGAAACUUAAGGCUCUCAGAUCCUUCCAUAUCGCUGGAAAUUUACUUUACUCUUUAUCGGAUGUGUUCAGGCUGCGACCAUUGAAAGACCUUGUCCAUCUAUCAAUAGCGGACAAUCAGUUAUGUGACUUGCCUCAUCAUAGACUCUUUGCAGUGUUCCAUCUAAGAUGUCUUCAAGUAUUAGACAAACAAACAGUCACUCCAGAUGAGAGGCAACAAGCAGAUGAACGCUUUGAACAAGAAGAAGUAGAGAAUCUUGAAGUUCAGCUUGGAGAAGAGGAGAAGAAACUGAGAGCUCUACAAGAAGACCAUUCUAAGACGAUGACAGAGCAGAAGCAAUCUAACACUCUUAUUUCAUCCCUGAAAUCUAGAAAUAAGGACAACCAACAAACCAUUAAUGAGCUCCAGGGAGAACUUCAGGCCAAGACUGACCUGCUAAAGCGCAAGACAGCCGAACUGAACAAGGCAUGCGAGAAACAGUAUCAUCUAGAGCAGGAACUGGCUUUCCAAAAGAUAGACGCUAAGUUUGAGCCCUUGGACUUCUACCUAGGAGAUGGUGAUGAGAUGGAUGCAGGCACUGAAGAAAGCCCUUACAUCGGCAAGGCAGGCUACAGACGCAAUGAGCUCGCUCGUCAGCAAUUCAUAACCCCUAAGCGCCAGACGAUAGGAGAAUCUCACCAACGAGGGCAGGAUUCCACAGACAGCUCCAUGGCGCAUCUCAACCCAGAUACGCAGAAAGAAAUGCAGAGGUUGCUGCAAGAUCGCCUGAAUGAUAAACAACGCCAGAUUGCAGCAGCUCAAGAUAAGCUGCGUCAAUUGCAAGAUAAGAUUGACAAUGCUGAGAAAACUCUCAACGAUACUCAUAAUGAAAUGCAAAGACUGUCUGCUGAAACUCCACAUGGGCCGUUGUCGGAGACUGAGAAGCAAGAGAUGAAACGUGAGUUGUGGAACAGACUCCAAGCCGUCAAUGAUCUCAGACAGAGAGUGGCGGAGCUGGAGGCAGCCAUGGGAGAUACUCUCGAUAUCAUCCAAGAUAGAGAUCAAGAAAUGGAACGAUUGAGGGAUCAACAACCGGAUCGUAAACACCCAGAAUAUGCAGAGGCAGCGACUGAGAUGGCUACUAAGGAGCAGGAGGCAACCGAUGCGGGGGACAAGUAUCGAGAUCUGCAGCGAGAGCUUGAGGAGGUAGUUGCCCUCUUGGCUGAUGAGAUGGAUAAAAUGAAUCGAGUCAAGCAGCAGAUGGCUCAAGAAAAAGUUGAGCUCAACAAUGACCUGAAAGACGAACUCGAAGAUACCAUCUCAGGAUUGACAGACUACAUGCAGCAGGCUCAACGCAAAGCGGCAGAACAGGACCGUAAGAAUCAGACUCUACUAAAGGAGAGAGAUCAACUCCUACGUCGGCUUCGUCAGCUGGAGGAAGAGCAAGGAGGACGGAAAGAUGGAAGUGAUCUGAUGCAUGACUUUGAAGACUUGGAAGAUAUGCAGAGAAAAUUAGGAGAAGCUGAAGCAGCUCUGAAAGCUGCCGCGGCGGAAAAGGAUCAACUGAAGCGAUCCUUGCAAGCUGAGAUGGAAGCUGAGCAAGAUAAAGAGAAUGAGAGACAAAGAGCGGCUGGAGACGAGGCUAGCAAGAUGAACAGCGCCCUCCAGAGGCAGAAGAAACAGGCGCAGGCUGAAAUGGAUGCAUUGAAACGCCGGCUGGAAUCCCAGCACAGACAGAUAGAGGCAUUGAAGCAAUCACCUGAUCAAUCACAUGACCCACAAGAAAAUGAGUUAUUAGCCAGUCAACUCCAGGCUCUUCAGGAUGAAAGAGAUUCCUUAGAGAAUGAACUCCGCAACCAGCAAGAGCAGAUGCAAGAUGCUCUCAACGCCACCCUGCAUCCUGAAGACGUCGUCCACCGCAUCAAUGAGAUGAGGAGACAUCUUGAGGAUGGGCGUGGUAGGAUGAGACCACAAGAUGGAGACGAUACUUUGGGGAAAUCUUUGGGCGAUGUGGAGGAGAUGAUGAGGAGGAAGAUGAAAGAGGAAGAGGGAGAGAAGGAGGCGGCCAGAAGGAAACAACAAAAAGCUGAGAAGGAAGCUGAUGCACUGAGGAAGCAAGUCGCUGCAUUGAAGAACCAUCUUGAUCAAGCUCUGAAUCAACUGGAUAGGCAGUCACCAGAGUCUGUACAACAAGAGAUGAGAGAUAGAAGGAGACAGCUUGAUGAUGAUGAGGAGGAUGAAAGAGCCAGGAGGAGAGAUGAGGAAGCAACGAGGCAGGAAGAGGAUGAUAUGAUGGAGGUUAUGAGAGAUGAGGUGGAGAGAUUACACGAACAACUCAGGCAGAAACCACCAUCUUAUGAACAGACCAGGGGCGUGUUACAUCCAAGACAGGACCCUCAUACCAUGGCUGAGUUGCAGCAGCUGGAAGCGGCUCUAGCUCAAGCUCAAAGACAGAUGAGAGAUAACGACCAGCUAGCUGCAGAUGAGCUCACUAGAGCGGAAGCCGAGAUGAAACACCUACAAGAUGAGCUUAAUCGUCAGAUGAGGCAGGCCAGAGAGAGAGAGAGGGAUGCGGAUAAAUUACUGGAAGAUCAGAGGAGAGAAGCAGAGAGACAAACACAGAGAGCUGUAGCUCAGGCGGAGUCUCGUGCCAGAGAACAGGCUGAGCGAGCUGGUCAAGAGCUUGCCAGAGCAGAGGUCGACAUGGCAGGAUUGCAGAAAGCUCUCGCUGACAGAGAGAAAGAGUUGCAGUAUGAGAUACAGCAUGGAGACAGAGCCUCACAGACACUAGCCGAUCAGCGCGAUGAGAUUGGUGCUCUAUAUGACACAAUGGAAGACCAGAAAGCUGAGAUUCUUAAACUACAAGAUGCACUCAAUAGACUUCUCAAACCACAAGGAGUUUCAGGUACAAAACCCCCUCCGUACGAUGGCGACAUAAAUCAUCUGUUGGCAGAAAUUGAACGACUUCACCAAGCUCUGCAACAACAACAGACUUACAUGAGAACGAGUCCCGUCGUCCAGUCUAGUACACAACCUUUUACUGACCUCCGACCUCCGAUGACCCGUGGUGACCUCCAAGCCGGGUCAAGACCUGAAGCAUAUAGGUACAACCCAUCGCCAAAUCAAUAUCCUUCAACAAACGCCCAGUACCCAUUGCCAUCUGGAGUUCAAGCCGCUACACCACAUGCAAGAUUUCAUCCACCGCCAUCCACCCAACCCAUCGCCCAGCAGCACCCAACCUCAUACCCAGCUGGGGUUCCAGUAGAUCCCAGGUUAACCCAACACCCCCCGGCUAUGCUCGACCCAAGAAACCGUCCUUAUUCCCAACCAGCCAUUCCAAAUCCACAGGGUUUUGGCUCGGGGCUGCCUAGUGCACCACAACAAGCGGGAUAUCCUGGCAUUACACCCCAUGGAAAUAUAAGAGCCGUGCCACAGUAUUCCGGACACAACCCAAGUGAUACUCAUCCACAAGCGUUCCCACAGCCAAUGCAUCCUGGGAAUACAAUGCAUGCUGGGAAUGCUCCUGGUUUAAACGGGCAGUCGGGCCCCAUGGGAAAUUAUCCAACGACUUCCAUGAUGGGUCAAGGAGCUGGGCCUGGCUUUUUGCCAGGAAUACAUGGAACGAACGGCAACUCUCAACCCAUCUCAACCACCAUGACAAAUCCCACCUUAACUUCAGGAGUUGCUCCCCCUGCAUCUGGUCAGCCUGUCAUGCCACAUGUACCAGUACAGUCACAGAUGGGCACUGCACCAGGGGGUGCUACACCCGGACUGUUAUUGGGCAGCACUCUACCAGCACAACCCACCACAAGAAAUGUAGCUAGUGGUAAAGGGGACAGUGGUCCCUCUGUUAAUGUAACGGCAGAAGCAAGUACAGAGUCAGAUACAGAUGUUUCAACACAGAGAGGAAAGAAAGGCAAAACGGUUAUUCUCCCACCAGGGGGGUUAUUCUGUAAUGUCCCAGAACAUCAUGAUAUGGAAGAUGAACUUUUACGUCUUAAGAAACUUCUGGAUGAAUGCAGAAAAUCCAAGAAGAAAAAAUCCAACACAGCGUCUGAAAGAGUCAAGUCUACCCUUGAGAAUGGAAAUAAAGAACUGGAAGCGUUGGAUCUUGCUAUCCAGAAGAAGCGCGGCACGUUGAGGGCGCUCCACAAAGCGGACAUUGACAUCAGACGUCAAAAAGAGGAAGCGAGCGAAGAGUUGCAGGAACUCAACUCAAACCUGGACAGACGUACACGCAGGAGGGAUUUCCUUGAGGGUCAUCGGCCGAUAACUCCUGAAGAUGAGGAUUAUGAGAUGCGGGAGGGAUCCAUGGACCACCAGGACUACUUAGAAGGUGAGAUAACAUGUCUAGAGAAGACGCUCGUACAACGAAGAGCUGAGCUACGAGUUGCUGAUAGACUCCUCCAGGAAUGCCAGGCUGAUCUCAAAGAUGCCACCGACAAGGCAAGGUCGACUGUCGAGCAAUUUGACAAAGCCAACCUUAACCUGAAACAAGCCGAGGAAGAUGCUAUUGAGAUUGAGAAACGCUCCGAGCAGGCAGCCACUAGUCUCGUUCAAGCCCAGCAACAUCUUGAAGAGAUGAGUAGAGAUAUUGAGGAGAUGGAAGACACAAGGCGUAACUAUAGCGAUAAGAUGAAGGAAGUCAAUGAGGUGUUAACCGAGAAAGACGCUGUGUUCAGGGAACUGGAAGGAAAGAUAGAACAAGCAACAAACAGACUUCAGAAGCUUCAAACCGAUCUCCUACUGACUGAAGAAAAAUCAAUCAUACAGCAGGACAACGCCAGAGAACAAGAUCAACUCAUUUCAGAUAAGACGUCACAACUCCUCAGACUACAAGAACAGGUUGACGAGGAGGGCCAAAGACUAAGUGGACUCGACCAAGAGCUGGGUAGGAAACAAGCUGACCUCCACGUCUUGAGCUCUGACCUUGAAUCCAACCAGAAAGAGAUGGUCAGUGCGCUGCAAGAUGCCGAGAGUACACUGACUGCAUUAAAACAAAAAGUCAAGGAAACCAAAGCUUCUCUCGACAACCUGAAGCAUCAGAAGCGCGAUUUGCAAACAUCCAUCGAGGAGCAGCGGACCGCCCUCUCUCAGACUCGCCUCUCAACAGAACAAGAGGAACGCACCUUACAAGAGACUAGAGCGAGUAUCGACAAAGGCCGAGCCGAUCUUAAACACACCUUGGAGAUGCUCCAGCUGGAGAAGACUGAAGUGGAAGCAUUGAAACUUCAACAUGAAUCCAAGAUGGCCGACUUGGAGAAGACGCAAUUGGCUGCUUUGCAGGACAAGUCUGAUUUAGAAUCCCUUCAAGUCACCUGCCAAGAGAAGCGCGCAGAGCUCGAUCGCAUCAGUAAGCAACUCACCAUGCAGAGAUCGGACAAAGAGCGGCUCGUGUUGGAGACUACAGCCAUGGAGGCUAGAGCGUCUUCAUUACAUAAGGAGGAAGAAGCUCUUGAGGAACGCUGCAGGCAUUGGGAUGGGAAAGUUGCAACACUCACAAAACAACAUCUUGAUCUGAUUGACACUCUAAAGGCAGACCAAGUCAAGAUGGAGGACCUUCAGAGAGAUUUGACCUCUGAACAAGACAACCUGGACAAGGUCAACAGCAAGAGGGCGCUACUCACAAAUCAACUUAAUUCUUAUAAACAGCAGGUCAAAGAGACUGGGAAGGAAUUGAGACUAGUCCGAGAGGAGCUGCAAGGAACUGAAGAUCGCAAACAUCAUAUCCAACAAGAACUCAAAGAAUACGAACAUCAGAAAUCUGAAGCUAGGGCUGAUUUAUCUCAACUCCGCUCAUCCGUCGAGAAAACUAAACAGUCCUUAGCCCUUGCCAUAGAUGAGCAUCGGAUCAAGCAAGAUGCAUUACACAAGCUGAGGAUAGAGGUUGAACAGCACCACCUAGAGGUAGAUGAUGGCCAACGUCAUGUGGAUAGAGUCCAGGCAGAUGUGGAACAGGAGGAGAAUAGACUUUCAAGGAUGAUUGGAGGUCUGACUGUGGAAGCAGAGCAUCUCCGCUCCGAUAUCGCCAUCAAGAAUCAGGAAUUGGAAGAAGCUCGGCUUAGACUUCAUGAUCUUCAUUCUAAAUCUGAACUGGAGCAUCAGCAGCAGCAACAGAACAAACAGACAGUCAAUGACCUACAAACAGAGAUCGCUGAACUUGAGGAUGGGGUUAAAGAGCGACUGGAGGAAAAGACUAAGCUUGCAGAGGCUCUCAACUUCUCACAUUCUGAGAUUAACUCACUCAGAAAGGAGAAGGAGACAAUGGAGAAGCGUUUAUCUGAGAUGGCAUCCCAGCUGGCUUCUGGCAAAGAUCGUCUUCACCGUGCCAAACAGAGUUUCAAAGAGAAGCAGUUGGAAUAUGAACAAGAUCUACAGGAAGCCAACCUGACCACUAACGAGCAUUGUACACGAGCAAAUAGACUCAGCUUUAAACUCAAUGAACUCAAGGAACAGUAUCUACAACUCAAAUCACAGACUACGAGAGAGUUAGAAGAAGAGCGGAAAGCUACGGCAGAUGCCUUAGCUAAGCUGAGAGAGAUGUCUAACAAGAAAGAUGAAGCAUCCAGCGUAGAUGGGAUGUCUGACUUAGAAGAACUUGACGAUCUUCAGAGACAGAAAGCUGACCUGACAAGACAUCUUGUGCAGCUACAGUCAAAUAUACAACAGGCAAGAUUAGAUGCCUCCUUGAUACGAGACGGGGAUUAUCUGCAUGAGAUGAGCGCAUCUGAAGACAGUCUCAGAAGGCAGGAUAAAGAAAGGACUAAGAUGCAGGAAGAGCAAGAUAGACUCAAGCUUCAAAUACGUCAGCGUGUUUCCCGUCAGGCAGACAUGCUCGAUAACGUCAAAGAGAAAGCCAACUCAACUCUAAAUAGUCUGAAACGGAAGCUAGAUAAUCUGGAAGACCUUGUCACAACAAACUCAGCUACGACAAGAGCGAUCUCGGGAUUAAACCCUGGGAUGGAGGGCGAUACUUCUCUGAAUGAGCAUCGGAUUUCCUUCUCGGUGAGUGGAUCGGAUCUUUAUCCACAGCAUGACACAUCAGUAGACAAGACGUCACUAGACAAGAUGUCAUCAACUCAUGAGAGACCUGUAAAGGGAAUACUCAAAUCAAGACAUCAUGAGGUCAGCCAAAAAUCAGUCUCGCCCCCUCCAUCUCGGACCUAUUCCAGCCAAAGACAUCGACGAACUUCCCCAGUCAGGACCGAGCAAAAACCUACUGACUCAAGGCUGAAUGACUUCAUGCAGUCACUGCAACGACUGAAGGAAGAGAAACUUGCCCAGCUUGAAAGCUCCACCUACAGAAAUACUUCCACGCUUUCCUGACACAUUACAACUUCCUCUGGUUUGACAGAGAAACUUAAAACAAAU